AUGCCAUCAUCUUCACCAGUCAUAAUACUCACCGGAGCCUCAAGGGGCUUAGGUCUAGCAGUUCUGAAGAUCCUAUUAACAAAACACAAUGCUAGGGUAGCCACGCUUUCAAGAUCGAUAUCAACCGAGUUACAAGGUGUCGUAGAUGAGUAUGGUAAAGAUAGGGUAUUACCUGUUCAAGGAGAUGUUGGUAAACCAGAAGAUAAUAUCAAGGUGGUGGAUGAGACGAAGAAUAGAUGGGGCGAGAUAAAUGCAUUGAUAUUGAAUGCUGGAACUAUCGAACCUAAAAAGAUCGAUUCUUUACCUACUGAAAGUCUUAUUCCAUACGUCCAGACCAAUCUCCUCUCCACCAUCUACCUCGUCCAACCUGCCUUGCCAUACCUACGUCAAUCAAAGGGUAAAGUAGUAUUGAUAUCUUCAGGAGCGAGUACGACGGGAUAUCAAGCUUGGGGACUAUACUCCAUGGUCAAAGCUGGAAUGAAUAGUCUAGCUAGGACUUUGGCUGCUGAGGAGAGGGAGAAUGGUGUGGGAGUAUUUGCAAUUAGACCUGGGAUGGUCAAUAUGCAAGCUCUCCUUCGUACUGACGGUCCAGCAGCGAUGCAUCCCGACGAGAUGAUCAAGUUCCAAUCGGCUUAUGAGAAAGGUGAACUCCUAACGCCGGAACAACCCGGAUCAGUGAUAGCUGGAUUAGCGAUUUCCGGACCCCAGGAGCUCAGUGGUGAAUAUAUAAAUUGGGCGGACGAUAGAUUACAAUCAUUCAGACAUUAG